UCGCCCGCAAGUACAGUAGUCAGUAGCCGGCCACGUCACUCGUCGUCAGUCGUUGACGGUGAGUUGUGUGUAGUGUGCAGGUUUACCGUUUCAAUGGGCGCAGGAGUGAAGAAGAAAGUAAUAAUUAUUGUGGCGUGCACCAAGUGCUUGCGCAGUUGUGAAUUGCAUGUAACCUGGUUGGGUUAGGGAAAUGGCAGACGAUUUACGAGGUACUGCGGCGCAGUCCGCAACUGCUGCUAGCGCUCUUCACGUGCCCAUGGCUGCUGCUGCUGCUGCUGAUUCUCAGGCUUGCGGAUCUUUCACUGUUCGACACCGACGCGAUAGCAGUUCGGAGAGCGUCGGUUCCAAUGCAGAGUCUUCAGGGAUGGAGGUGCGACGAACCGGGAGUUUUCACCUUGUUGAGAGCCAUGCAGCUAAGCCUUCUCCCAUGGCUGUUGCUGGCAAUUGUCCCAGUCCGCAACGGCUCAGAGAAUCCACGUUGAAGGUAUCCAGCUCUUUCUCUGGUAGCCAGCGCUCUGGUCAGUCUGUAACGACGGUGAAAUCGCUGGACUCGACCUUGGCGGAUGGUCAUACGCACGUACAUCCGUCGUCCGUGGGACGUUACGUGCGCUUCAACGUUGGUGGCAGCCUGUUCUCUACAACUAUUGCCACCGUGUGCAAGAGAGAUACAAUGUUGCGAGCCAUGUUUACUGGAGAAUUGGCUGUGCAAGUCGAUAGUGAUGGAUUCAUCCUCAUAGACCGGUCUGGCAAGCACUUUGCAAAGCUACUGAACUUCCUUCGUGACGGUGCUGUGCCGCUUCCAGACAGUCUCGAAGAGAGCUCUGAGCUGCUCGUGGAAGCCAAAUACUACCUGCUUGAGGAGCUUGCCGCACAGCUGGAGGUGCACAUUGAGCAGAUCAGGAAAGACAAUCUGACGGUGUGUCGUAUGCCCAUGGUGACGUCAGUCGAAGAGUUCCAGCGCGUGCUGACGGGUACCAGAAAGCCAAUCAUUCGCUUGAUUUUCAAUCGCUUCAAUAACAAGUAUUCCUAUACAGGGACGUCGGACGACAACCUGCUGAAAAACCUGGAGCUGUUCGAUCGACUGGCAACCCGAUUCAUGGACCGUGUUGUCUUUGUCAAGGACAUUGUGGGUGGUUCAGAUAUCUGCACUUGGUUGUUCUAUGGACAUGGGAAACGCCAGGCUGAAAUCUCAUGCGACGCCAUUGUCUACGCCACAGACAACAAGCACAUCAAGAUUGACUUUCCUGAAGCCAAGAUCUAUGAGGAGUGCCUCAACAUAAUGCUGUUCGAAGAGCGCCUCCUCGACGCGGAGAAAGCUGCCGCUGCCCAGAACCGUGCCGCUAUCCUGUGCCGGUGGAAACGGGGCGUUAACACCCUUGCCUGUCAUGUCAUGUCUGAUGAUGAUAACUAGCUGUGUUACCAUAACAAUAACUCCAGACGUGUACCAAAGUGACCAUGGCAACUGAAAUAUCACCGAAGUAGUACUCUGAGGGGCAUAGUCUAGCCUAUCAUGUCAGCACACUCAGACAGUGAGGCUAUGUGCAAUCAUUAUUGAAAGAUCUAUUCGAUUAUCAUGCUGUCUGCUGUGCCAGCUGCAUGGCUAAUAGCCGUGCAGUGUUGAAAUCAUUUAAAAAAAAGUUUGCCAGACCUAGCCUAGGUCAUUCCAGGCAAGUAUCUUUUCUAUCAAGUACACUCUAUGCACUGGUGCUGCCUGUAAUCAUCUCUAUAUAACUUUAGGUAGUCUACGGACGGUUGUACAGUCCCCGUUGAAGCUGCAUGCUGACCAUCACACGUAACCUACACCAUCAUAACCCACAGAGACUUGACUCAGUGAUCUGACUCAGUGGUCUGCCAGCGCGCCUUGUAUUACUAACCCGAACCAUUAUUAGUUGGAGCCGCUGAUCUAUGUUCAAACUGGUGUUUUUAAGUUCA